UUAGGUUAUAGUCUGUCUAGUCUACACGUGUUUACAACUUCACAACCCGACUCGCUGGGGACGAAACGCGGGAAGGAAAGGAGGUGCGUCGCCUUCAAAAGAAAUUAAGGAUCUAGCCAAUAAUACAAGGGACAAAGUUGCGCAAUUUCUCUUACAGGACUGAGGGAUCAUUGCUCUGAAAAUGGCCACUGAGGAAAAGGAGGAGAAGAUCGAAAUUGUUGAGGUUUUUACAACCAAAAACAGGGGUCGCGGAGUCCGUGUGACGAGUGAUGUGAAAGCUGGAACUCUCCUGCUGACGGAGAAACCGUACGAGUUCGUUCUUCAGAAUAUCGAGAGGGGGUAUUACUGUGAUCAGUGCCUGACAAAAAGGGAUGAAAUUUUACACAAGUGUUCAGCCUGCAAGUUUGCAUAUUACUGUAACAAGGAUUGUCAGAGGGCAGCGUGGACAUCACAUAAACUAGAAUGUGAAGGUAUCACCAGAGUCAGUCCUAACAUUCCGUCAGACCACAUCAGGCUGAUGGCAAGACUCAGUCGAAAGAGGAAGCAACAGGCACCUGCAUUGAAUGGAUCCUCGACGUUUCCAACCCACAUAGACCAGCUUCAGUCAGUGCCCACUGACCUGCGUGGUGACACCCAGCUGGAGUUCUCUAGUUGGCUCUACACGCUGCGACGGUUCAUGGGGGAUGGAGAGGCUAGUAACAUGCAGCCUGCAGAGGUCCUAGAGAUGUUUGGUCGCAUGAGAUGCAACACGUGCGAUAUAUCCGACGGGGAACUGCACAGUAUGGGCAUUGGGCUGUAUCUCAAGUUCUCCAUGUUCAACCACAGCUGUGAUUAUAACUGCAUUGCCAUCCACACGGGGACUACGGUCAAUGUCAGAACAACCAGGGACAUUCCUGCAAACAAAGAGUGUUUUCUCAGCUAUGUUGAUGUCUUAAAACCGACGGCAACAAGGAACAACAUUUUGAGAAACGUCUUCCAGUUUUCGUGCAAGUGCCCUACGUGUAGGGAUGCCAACCGGGACAACCUGCGCCAUAGUGUCAGAUGUGGAAACCCAGAAUGCCAAGAGGCUGUCCUAGUGAAUCCAGAUGGUACCGUCAAGAAAUGCAGCUUGUGUAACUUUGAAGGAUUCCCUGCCAGUUUCCCAGACCAGCUAAAGACUGUUGAGCAGCAGUGCAUGGCCAAACUGUCUGCAGCAGAAGAGAUCACAAACUUUGGCAAUUGGAAGAAGGUCCUGGAGUUGAGUGAACAGUGCUUGGCCCUUCAAAAAGGGAUGCUUCACCCCUAUCACCACCUGGUGGUAGAAACCCUCCAUUUUGCCAUGGACUCCUGCAUUCAUCUGGAAAAGUGGGAACAGGCCUUGGAAUAUGGCCGUCGCUCUAUUGCACAUCUGGAGUUCCAUUGCCCUGGCAACAAUGCGACGGCAGCCAUUCAGCUGAUGAGGGUUGGGAAGCUUCAGCAGUAUUUGAAGAUGAUUGUCGAAGCAAUGAAGAACCUACAAAAGGCUGAAAAGAUUCUUCUGAUUACUCACGGGGCAGACCACCCUCAGUACAUCCAGCUCAAGGAAAUGAUCACUGCCUGCGCAUUAGAGAGACGACAGACACCGAGACUUGAGUCCAUCGAAGAGGCAGAACCACACCAAGAGACUGAACACAAAGAAGAAACAAGCAAACCAGCCCCCGAACAAAAGCGAGAGAAACAGAAGACCGAGCCCGUGGCAGAAACAACGGAAGACAAAACUAAGCCUGCGACAAAAGAUGAAAAAAGUAAACCUGUGACGGAGCAACCAAAAGUGGAAGGAGGCAAACCGGGGACAAGUGAAGAAAAGAGUAAUUCCUCAGCAGAACCAAAACAGAAGGAAAGUGGGUCUGUGAGAAAAAAAGAUCUAAAGAAAGCAGCACCACCAAAGGAAGAAACUAAAGAAACAGAAACCGAACAAAAAGACAAAUCUGCAGCAUCGGUAUCAACAACAUCCUCAGACGAGACGAAUUAAUAAAUGGUAGGACACAUGUCUACUUGGAAUAGAGAGUCCAAUCUGACUAACUUGGCAUCAGCAAAUGGUCACACAGGGUGACUCCUAUAUUUUUGUCAAAGGCAUUUCCCCCGUGUUUCCUUAUUAUUAGAUUAAAAUUAAAUUAAAUCUAUGUGGAUAAGCCUUUUUAUGCCUUUGGUUGAAAUUGGAAAAGUAUUAACGCUGUAAAGGCUUUUCAGACCAAAAUCAAGGAUCUUACUUGUGGUGCUCAUUAAAAUAAUGUUACAAGUGAUGGAAAUAUUUUCAAUUUUGUAGCUGUCGCAUUCGAGUUUGUGGGUUAGCCUCUACACUGCCAUAAUCUUGCCUUUGUCUUUACGGGCAAUUCAUCAUAGAAUUCAUAAAAAUAAUAAAAUGUUGCAGAGUUUAUUCCAGCAAAGUUUCACUAUCAAAAAUUACCCAUAACAUUUUUGUAUAUACAUGUAUUCUACAGAUGUCUGCCAAAAUUCAAUGAAUUUUCAGUGCAAUGGCCAUACAUUUGAACUGAAUUUCAUCUUUAUAUUUUCAGCAACUAUGUAUGUAUUUGUAUAUAAUAUUAAUCAAGAGUAAAAAUCGUUCGUAUUCAAAGUUACUCAAGAACUUGAUAGAAUCUUUUUUUUUGUCUAGUACAGUCUAUGAAGUUCCCUUGGAAGUGACUGGCAAAUAGAAAAAAUGUCAAUAAAAAGUAUAUGUUUUGUUCAGAACAGUCAAAAUAAGGACAAACUUUGAAAUGGGAAUUGAUUGCUGGUAUUUCUGCAGUAUUCCAAUAAAAGAGAUUUUAUAAUAAUAAUAAUAAAACAGCAUUUAUAUUAGCGCAAUAUGAAUCAAAGAUUCUUCAAAGACAUUUCAUUAAUACGAAUGCAAGUGGUGGAUAUUAAUCUGUGUUCAUAAAUUCAAAACUUUUAGUGUCAUAAUUUGCAUUUUAUAAAGUUUGAUUGUAUUCAUCGGGAACCUGUUUUUUUUCUCCAAAUGAUUAUUUGUUUUGUAAAAAGAAAUAAAUUUCACAUAAAUGAGGUGACCAUGGUGAUUUGAUUU